AUGCCAAGUAUCCCCAUAACCCGCGCAGUCCGCCGCGAUUUCAUCGCCGACCUCAACGGCUGCUGGAUCCAAGUGCCCAGUUUAGACGGCAACGUGUCCGUACAUAUAAACAACGGAGGUGCCUGCGAACAAUACGAGAUCGUAAACCACGACUUCUGCAACCUAGACCCCGGCUUCAAAAACCUCUUCCAGCACGUCUGUCCCCCGCCCCUCCUCGGCUCGGACCCGACUCCUGGCAGUCGAUACAGGCCCGUCCAGCAAAGCGCCGAGCAAUACGGCAGCUCAGCGCUGAUAUUCGCCGGAGGGUUCCUCUUGAUAAUCAGCUUCGCUAUGAUUAUGUAUCGCUGCAAUAAGGGGACCCGCUACAUUUACGAGCCUGGUUAUAGCUAUGAUUGA